AUGGUUAUGAUCGAUCAUACCUUCUUCCCUCAUAUCAUCGACGCCUUAUGGGCACGUAUGGAUUUCGACUCCGUUCUCGCCGCUCGGACAACUUCAAAGGAGUGGCUACGGCGCGGGAACAAGAGGCUGCGUCGGCACAUGCUUCUGCAACCGCCUGAUCAGUACGACGAAAGCAGUAGUGACGAUGUCUCGACAGUGAUCAAGUACGGGUACAUGGAAGACAACUACUAUCUUACUUUCCUGCUGUUGAGCACCAAAGAUACAACCUAUGAGGCGUUCGACUCGCAGAACAUCCGUCCCCGCCGCCUCAGCGAGACUGAUAUCGACACACUGCGGCAUCCGCCAGCUCCCGGGACACUCUGCGAGGUGCUCCAGGAUGUCGAAGUCUUGGAUGUCCGGUUCUCACCCGAGCUCUAUCAAUCCUUCGUGAGCUACGAUGUGCUCCUGUGGCAUGCUCAAAAGAGGGCCAUCAUCCGGGUCAAUUUGAUGCAGCACACGCCGGGCGUAGUCCCAGAGACCACCGUGGGGGGAAUGGGCGGUACGCAGGUCUAUUUCGUUCACCUUCAAUCCUCCAUCGACAUCAGAGCGUUGGUGCCUGAGACUGUCAUCCUCAAUUUGAACUGCCAAGAGGAUAGCCCGGGCUUCAGCUACCGCCACUCACGUCUCGAGGUUUCCCCGGGUGGUUUGGACAAAUCCCGCGUGGUCCUCAUCAUCCAGAACGGCUUCCCAUCGAGGUACUUCAGGGACGAACAUGUGAUGUUCCUUUGGUCCUGGACGAGGAUAGAUUGCCGCACCGUGGACGUCACCGUCGUGGCUUCUGAAGACCUCUAUGACACAGAAGCGGACCUCAGGAUCUUCAAGCAGCGCAUUUGCCAACAGGUGCUUGGAACACGAGGCCGAACCUCAAUCGCCCCUCCGCGCAUCCUGACGCCCGCUGAGUACAAAGCCGAAGUUGGCGCGGAGAAGUACAAGAUCUACACUGAAUGGUAG